UCUGGCUCCCCCUGGUGGAGCCGGUCAGUCAAUGCAGCCUGAAACGUCAUCAACAGAAGACGCGCUGCCUCCAAAAGACCACAAGCAAGAAUGCUUUUCUACUCGUUUUUCAAGUCUCUGGUGGGAAAGGACGUGGUGGUGGAGCUCAAAAACGACCUGAGCAUCUGUGGAACGCUUCACUCUGUUGACCAGUACCUGAACAUCAAGUUGACAGACAUCAGCGUCACAGAUCCAGAGAAAUAUCCACAUAUGCUGUCGGUGAAAAACUGCUUCAUCCGUGGAUCGGUGGUCCGGUACGUCCAGCUGCCGGCCGACGAGGUGGACACGCAGCUGCUCCAAGACGCGGCGCGAAAAGAAGCCAUGCAGCAGAAGCAGUGAUGGGGUCAUAGGUGCAUUCCCGAUUAUGGAAAUUUGCAGAGCGGGGUUGGUUGUCUCGAACCCGCAGGACGUUUAGCAGUCUUCAUCUGAUUCUUUUAGUUCAAACAACAGAGGACCGUGUUUGUGUUGACGUUUCCGGUUUAAAAUUAUAAAAAUUGUUUUUUGUUUGGUUGGUUUUUUUUUACAAAUAAGGUUACAAUAUUUUAAUCCUUAUUUCAUUUUCUUCGUUAAGAAAUUCUCCUGCCUUUUCGCCUCAACUUGUAGAUUUUUUUUUUUUUUAAAUUGUUUUUGGAAAAAUACUUUGGUGUGUCAACAUCAACUAUGACCGUGGAAGAAGUCAUUUUGUAAUUAUGUGUAUUUUUUGGAAAUAAAGCUAAAAUGUCAUUA